AUGGAAAACACAUCACAGUUCCAUUUUGAUAACUUCACAGACGGAGACAGAAACUCGGAUGUAGAUUGGACAGAUUUUAAGACCAGUCCCGAGAGUAGCGGAGUGCUAGAGGGUAUACCAUAUUACCAUCGAGUUAUUGUUGCAUCCGUCUUAAUUUCAUUGAUAUUGAUCGGCCUCUUGGGUAACACCAUCGUCAUCAUCACCGUCGUCGCCGCCAAAAAGCUUCGUACGACCACCAACAUACUGGUGGUCAAUCUUGCAUUUGCAGAUUUGAUGACGUGCAUCUGCAUCCCGUUCAACGUUGUGGCCCUUCUAAGCCAAACAAAUGAAUAUCCCUUGCCUGACUUCAUCUGCGCCACCAUUUCUGGAGUCACCACUUCCUGUAUCUGCUGCAGUGCCUCAACUCUAGCUGCCAUCGCCGUUGUCCGUUGGUACGUCAUAACGAGAUCCGUCCGUGGCCAACAAGGAACCCUUGGCUAUUCGGAAUUCUAUUCUCUGUGUUUUACAACGGACACAAACCCUUUUGAGGUGUGCUAUGCUAUCAUCCAAGGAGUUUCAAUUGUCAUUGUCUUGGCCGUAACCAUGGUAUUUUACUUUCUCAUCCUGUACCAUAUUCUUCAGCACAAUAAGCGCUUUCGGGACAGGUAUGAGGCUGACAAAACCUCAGACGAAGCUCAAGGCCAGGAUUCAUCACCAUCUUCCGUAUCUCGUCCACCUAUGAUCAAGGCCAUCAACAGAAAGGAGAUCAAGAUUACAAAGAAUCUCUUCAUCGUUGUCUGUAUCUUUAUCGUCUGUUUCCUACCAACCGGGGUGAAUCUGAUCAUUCCUGGUAGGAGUGUUUACACCUUGUACAGCACCAUGGUAGUUCUGGCAAACAGCGUCGUGAACCCAAUCGUAUAUGGACUAAGGCAUCCCAACUUCCAGGAAGUCUUCCAAGAGCAUCCUUUGCUGCAGGUGUUCCGAGGAGGAGUCAUCAAGUCAAAAGUGAAUAAAUCGUAA